GACCCUAAUAACUAGUUUGGUAUAGCCAUGGCCCAAAUAGCCCUAAGCGCUGCACCUGGUUUUUGUAACUUAAUUGCUAUAUGUCUUUUAACAAGUAUCAGGUCUAUUGUCUGCCUCAAUUUGCCCAGUUUCUCUGGUGGGCUUGAUCCAUGGGGAAAACCAUACAGUCAGAAGUAUCGAGAUGUUAGUCCUUAUUUCGCCCGUCAUCUGCUAUUAGAUGGGCUUUACUAUUCAUAUGUAGAUGAUGGCCUAACUGAGAUUGUUGGAUUUAGAAAUGCCUGGCAGGGGCUUCUUUUGCUCGCCCCAAAUGGACAUGGGACUCGUCUAGCACAGGUCAAGGAAAGGAAAACUGAAAAGGUAGAUCGAAAUUUGGCAAACCAAGAUCUGACAGACUGGAGGAAAGUUCAACCACCAGAAAUCAAAAGAGGUGGUAGAACAGAAAUUAUCAAGUUGCAGAUAACAGAUCCAAAUCAACAAGCAAGGCAAAUGCUGAAUGCUUCAGAUGUCAUAAAUUUUGAGCUAUUCUACAACAAGGGUGACCAAAUAGAUCUCGCAUGUUUUAUAGACAAUAAUUAUGUUGGAGAUCUGGAUGACAGAAAAAGCACUUUUGGGUUUGUUUUUAUGUUGCGAUAUGGGUCAGUUUCAUGGUCUUCUAAGAAACAGCCCAUUGUGACUUUAUCCACAAUAGAAGCAGGGUAUGUGGUAUCGACUUCUUGUGCUUGUCAAGCUAUUUGGUUGAGAAGAGUUCUAGAAAAACUUGAGCUGAAUCAACAUGAGGCCACUUCAAUUUAUUGUGAUAACAGUUCAGCUAUCAAGCUUUUUAGAAAUCCAGUUCUGAACGGGAGAAGCAAGCAUAUACAUGUGAGGUAUCAUUUCUUACGCAACCUGGUAGAAGAUGGAACAAUUGAGUUGAGUUACUGCAGAACUGAAGAUCAAGUGGCUGAUAUAUUCACAAAACCCCUCAAAAAGCAACCCCUCCCUACAGAUGAAGACACAGUAGUUAAUGAAAUUUCUCACUUUCGUCAAGUGAGCAUGCUAGCCACCCCAUUUUGCCGAUCCAAGAGCGUGUUGGACCCAUCUUUCCGGCCUAGUACUCAAGAGGAAGAUUCUGAUUCUGAUGAAGAGGAAGAAGAAAGAAGGAAGUCUGGUGCAGCUGAGACUUUCAGACUUCCUGACCGCAUUGAUAUAGCACACUUAAGUUAAGAAGUCACUAUACAUGACCUUUCUGAAUUCUGCACCCAUUUUACAUUUCUGUCACCAGCACACAAAUUCUUUUUGCAUGACAUAUACUGCCACCACUGUGGUUUUAUUUUUUUAUUGGUUUUUCGUCCCACAGGAUGAUUUACUAGUUAGAAUGUACAGUCCAGCAAACAAUUUCUCUUCUUGGUGAAUACACCGACAUCCAUAUAGCUUUUUUACUGUAGAUUUCAGUUAAGUUUUAUGGAUAUUUCUAUGUAAGGUUCGGUGAGCCAUCUGGAGAGAUUGUAAGCAAAUUUUAUUGAUCUUGAUGAGAACUUGAGCCAUUCAUUUUGCCAC